UUGCACCUGCUUUUGCUCCGCUGUUGUUUCAAAAAUAACGUUGUAACAUAUGAUGGCCUGGCUUGUUAACGGUGAAAAUGAUGAGGGAGUGACCACAUGCGAGGGGGAGGGUCACAGUGGAGGCUUGUGAAUGAAGGCGUCUCUGUGCAGGUGAUUGCCGGGCAGGUUGGCUUCCUCGGGCUAAUUUCCUGCUUUUGUUUUAUCUCUAGCUGGGCAGUAGGACGCCUGCGCGCUGCUGACAGUUGUUCCUGGUAAGAUGAGUAAGGAGCAGGUGGGGGAAGAGGCUGUGCCAUUGAAAGAGCUGACAGGGGCCAGGCACCAGGCAGCGACGUCUAGGUCAGGCUUCACCUAGCUGCCUGAGGUGUGCGGGAUCAUGAUGGCCAUGAACAGCAAGCAGCACUUGGGCAUGCCCCCUCUCCUCCAGGAGGCCAAGUACCCGAGCCUGCACUCCAGCUCCGAGGCCAUGAGGAGAGUUUGCCUCCCAACGCCGCCGCUCCAGGGCAAUAUAUUCGGUGGCUUUGAUGACAGCCUGUUAGCCCGCGCUGAAGCUCUGGCGGCUGUCGAUGUGAUCCCUCACAGUAAGAGUCACCCGCACUUCAAGCCGGACCUCAGUUACCACACCAUGAGCAGCGUGCCGUGCAGUUCCACCUCCUCGACGCUGGCCAUCUCCCCUCCGCCCGGCCUGACCUCCCAUCACGUUCACCCGGCUCACCAGCUGCUAGAGACCGACUUGCUGGAUAUCUCGCCCAGCCUGACCGGCUUGGGGGGCGCUGACCCGUCAGCGGUGCUGUCCGUGCCUGGCCACCUCAAUGGCAUGGGGCACCUCCACCCGGCUAUGCCCAUGGCUCACCCUCACUCGUUCUCCGGCCACGCCGGCGUGCCGUGCCUCAAUGAGGCGGAGGCUGACCCCCGGGAGCUGGAAGCUUUCGCCGAGAGGUUCAAGCAGAGGAGGAUCAAGCUGGGGGUGACCCAAGCCGAUGUCGGGGCGGCUCUGGCCAACCUGAAGAUCCCGGGAGUGGGCUCCCUGAGCCAGAGCACCAUCUGCAGGUUCGAGUCUCUCACUCUGUCCCACAACAACAUGAUCGCCCUGAAGCCGGUGCUGCAGACCUGGCUGGAGGAAGCCGAGAGCGUUUACCGGGAGAAAGCCAGCAAGCCCGAGGUCUUCAGCGCCGGAGACAGGAAACGCAAGCGGACCUCGAUCGCCGCGCCCGAGAAGCGCUCGCUGGAAGCUUACUUCGCCAUCCAGCCCCGGCCGUCCUCCGAAAAGAUCGCGGCGAUCGCCGAGAAACUGGACCUGAAGAAAAACGUGGUCAGGGUCUGGUUUUGCAAUCAGAGACAGAAACAGAAGCGGAUGAAAUAUUCCGCCAAUCACUGACGGACCGUCAACGGCAAACCAGAGAAUGGGCGAGAACAAAAAAACGAAAUUAAGAAACAAUACAGGGAUUUCCAGUGUCUUCGCUAAGGACCUAAGCCAUGGACUUUUACACCCAAGUAACUUCCUCCGCUCCUGUCACCACAGACUCCGAGAACGGUCCAGUGUCUGAUCUCUAACGGAGGAAGGACGGUUCUUGUGUCUAACCGGGCGCAGCCUGUCGAUUUGAGAGUUUGCUUUUGCACAUUGUGACUGACACCUUC